UGUUACAGUCAAGAGGAAGCUGUCAAGCUUCUGUUUGAAAGCAGAAUCGACUCUGUCACCUAUAACACCUCAGUGGAGUGAAUGAGAAGCGGAUACGGGACAAUAACGCCACUGCUCUGUUGCUCCUUUAAUAUUGGCGCGAUGCUGCUAUGCGAACUGCCAGCUGAUAUUUCACAGCUCACGGCGGCCUGAUGGAGGGGACGGUUGCGGAUCUGAAAACAUCUUAGCACCGCAGAUCGGACACGGAAGGGAUCGAAACUCUAUCCAGACAAUUUUCACCAGUGAUCUGCUGCUGGCCAUCGAAGAACGAGUUUUUUGGCCUACAAAGGAGUAAACAGAGAGGAUGGCAGGCCCCGAUUCCCCGCAGCAGCAGGUUGAAGAGAAAGCCGAGCAGAUAGAUGACGCCGAGCUGGCGUUUCAGGGCAUCAAUAUGCUGCUCAAUAAUGGCUUCAGAGAAAGCGACGAGCUCUUCAGGAGAUACCGGACCCACAGUCCGCUGAUGAGCUUCGGCGCCAGUUUCGUCAGCUUCUUGAACGCCAUGAUGACAUUCGAGGAGGAAAAAAUGCAGAUGGCCAGCGACGAUCUGAGAACUACUGAAAAGCUUUGCGAGAGCGACAACGCCGGCGUCAUCGAGACCAUCCGCAACAAAAUCAAGAAGAGCAUGGACUCGCAGAGAUCAGGAGUGGAGAUUGUGGAUCGUCUUCAGAGACAGAUCAUCGUGGCUGACUGCCAGGUUUAUCUCGCCGUGCUGUCCUUCGUCAAACAGGAACUCUCAGCAUACAUCAAAGGAGGCUGGAUUCUCCGCAAGGCCUGGAAAAUGUACAACAAAUGCUACAGUGACAUCAGCCAGCUGCAGGAAGUCUGGCGCCGCCGCUCCUCCGACCAGCAGGGGGCGCUGGUCUCUGAUCAGGCCAACCACAACACCUCAGCCGAGAGCGGCGGCCGGGUGACAGAAGAGGUUCUGGACCGCCUGAAGGGUUCGGUCAGCUUUGGCUAUGGGCUCUUUCACUUGUGUAUUUCGAUGGUGCCUCCACACCUGCUCAAGAUCGUCAACCUGCUGGGCUUCCCCGGAGACCGUCACCAAGGUCUCGCCUCAUUAGCAUACGCCAGCGAGAGCAAGGAUAUGAAGGCGCCGCUCGCCACUUUGGCUCUUUUGUGGUACCACACCGUGGUGCAGCCCUUCUUUGCUCUGGACGGCUCUGACUCGCGUGCCGGGCUCCUGGAGGCCAAAGCCAUUCUGCAGAAGAAGGCGAUGGUUUACCCAAACUCCUCUCUCUUCAUCUUCUUCAAGGGACGGGUGCAGAGAUUAGAGUGCCAAAUCAACAGUGCGCUGGCGUCAUUUCAGGAUGCUCUGGAGUUCUCCUCAGACCAAAGAGAGAUUCAACACGUGUGCCUCUAUGAAAUUGGCUGGUGCAGCAUGAUAGAGAUGAACUUUGAAGAUGCCUACAGGUCUUUUGAGCGGCUGAAGAAUGAAUCCCGAUGGUCACAGUGUUACUAUGCUUACCUCACUGGAGUAUGUCAGGGGGCUUCUGGUGAUCUAGAGGGAGCCAAAGCUGUUUUCCGAGAUGUCCAGAGGCUUUUUAAACGCAAGAACAAUCAGAUUGAGCAGUUUGCACUGAAAAGAGCAGAGAGGCUGAGGAAAGUGUCCCUCACGCGAGAGCUGUGCAUUCUGGGUGUUGUGGAGGUGCUAUACUUAUGGAAAGCUCUUCCAAACUGCUCUUCCUCCAAACUGCAGCUUAUGAACCAAGUGCUACAGGGGCUGGAUGAGCAGCCGAGCCUGGGCCUCAAACACCUGCUGCUUGGUUCUAUUCAGAAAUGUCUUGGGAAUAUUAAAGAUGCUGUUCAGUCGUUCCAGCUGGCAGCGCAGGAUGAAUACGGCCGUCUGAAUAACAGCUAUGUGCAGCCCUAUUCCUGCUAUGAGCUGGGCUGUGUGCUACUGGCUAAACCCGAGACCCUGAGUAAAGGAAGAUCAUUGCUGCUUCAGGCCAAGGAGAACUACACGGGGUAUGACUUCGAGAACAGGCUGCACGUCCGCAUCCAUUCCGCCCUCGCCUCCAUAAAGGAAGUGGUCCCUCACUGACCUGUCUGUCCCACCUCAGAAGAGCUCCUGUCCAGCACUUUUUGAAGCGAAAGCCAUGUGAAGUAAUCCUGCUUUUCUGGAGGGAGAAACUGAGAGUCAGUGGAUUUCAGGUGACCGAGGACGUGUUCGCCAGUAUUUUUCCGCCUAGUAUCGAAAAGGUUCACUCUUCAUGUAGCUGUUGGUUAUCGCUAAUUUUCACGUUCACAUUUACAUCCAGUUUGUGUGUUCAGGAUUGAUCUACAGAAGCAACUCUCACGAAGAAACACAGGUGUAGACCAGCUGGUUAGAUCCUUUCCCAGAGCUUGCGCUAUCAUACCAAACACAUUAGCAUGGGAUAGAACUCUACAUUAGAUAACAUGAAUACAUCAAAAUGAAAUAUAUAUUGUGUAACCCUUUAUCUCAAAGAAAUAAUAGUAUCCAAACUUACCUGUAUGUCAAAUCAAGAUUGUUUGCGUCUGGCGCAGUGGCUGAUCGAUAUGAGACCAAAAUGGCGAUGCUAUGAUUUCAAAAAUAGUUUAAUGAGAAUUAUUUUCGAGUCUAAUUUGCAUCAGAUGUGUUCAGUUAAUGAUAUUAAAGCUGAUUUAUUUAUGAUUUGGUAACAUUAUUUUACAGCGUCCUUGUUACUUUCUAUUGUAAUUACAGUAAAUUCUGCAUAAUUACACGCAACUAGCCCUAAAGCAUCCUUGACUUUAAGUGUUAAUU